AUGGCGUCUGCUGAGCUGAGAGACGAGCUGAACUGCUCCAUCUGCCUGAACAUCUACACAGACCCCGUCACCCUGAGGUGCGGACACAACUUCUGCCGGGGGUGCAUCGAUCGUGUGUUGGAUUCACAGAGGAGGUCAAGAGUUUAUAACUGCCCUGACUGCAGGCAAGUGUUCAAUCAGCGGCCAUCACUGUGCAGGAACGUUACUCUGAGAAGUAUAGUGAAGCAUUUCCAGCCUCCACCUGGACAAAAAGGAAAGGCCGGGGUCAUCUGCACCUAUUGUCUACACUGCCCGGUACCUGCUGUGAAGUCUUGUGUGUUGUGUGAAGCUUCUUUAUGUGGAAGACACCUGAAAGCCCACAACAAAUUGCCGGAACACGUCUUGAUUGAGCCCACCACUUCCUUGGAGAACAGAAAAUGCUCUACUCACAAGAAGAUCCUGGAGUAUUACUGCCUCAAAGAUCAGGUGUGCAUCUGUGUGUACUGUCGGGUUGAUGGAGACCACAAUGGCCACCAAGUUCAGUCUCUGGAUGAAGCCUCUGAAGAGAAGAAGAAGAAACUGACAAAGGUUCUGGAGACACUGACCUCGAAGAAGAAGGAGGCUGAGACAAAAAUCCAGAAUCUACAAGAACGCCUGAAAAAAGAAAAGGGCAAGGCAGCUAAGAUAAAAGGUAAAGUCAAGACUCUGUUCACAGACCUUAGAAAACAAUUGGAGGACGUGGAGAGAAGGGUCCUCGGUGAGAUCUCUGGGCAGGAAAAGCAGGUAUCAGUCUUCAUCUUGGACCAGAUCCAACAGCUGGACAUAAAGAAGAAACAUCUGUCCAAUAAAAUGGGUAAAAUUGAGGAGCGAUGUAAGAUGACUGAUCCCAUAACUGUCUUACUAGACCCGAAAUGUGAAAACAAUUGGGUUCAAGAGGACCACAAUGAUCAGAAGGUUGAAGGUACAGCUGACCUAGAUGAGGACCUGAUCAAAAAGACCAUACAUGAACAAGUAUCUAAUGUGAUAGCCCAUAUCAACCCCUGGCUGUUUUUGCUGGACCCUGUGAACCUCUCGUUGGAUGUAUAUACAGCUGCUAAUAAUCUACGUAUAUCAGAAGACUUGAAGACUGCAUCGUUGACUUAUGUAGAAGAAGAACGGCCCCCUUGCCCAGAUUGGUGUCGAAGAAAUGAGGUUUUAAGCACCCAGUGCUUUUCAUCCAGGCGACAUUAUUGGGAAGUUGACAUCAGUAAACUGGGAAACUGGAGAUUGGGUGUGACCUACCCCUAUCGAAAUGGUGCCCAUGGGGCCUCCUGGACUUUGCGGAGGAAUUAUAACCAGUGUUUAGCCGUUCAUAAGAGUAGCAUUGUCCGUUUGUCCUAUAACUUAUGCUGUCAGAGGUUCGGGGUGUAUCUGGAUUACGAGGCCGGGCAGCUGUCCUUUUACCUUCUGGAUGACCCCAUUAGACAUCUGCACACCUUCACUGCCACCUUUACUGAGCCAGUCCAUGCUUUAUUCUGGAUAAAUAAUGAAGACUGCGCUGCUUGGGUCAAAAUCAAAAGCUGAAGGACCUACCUGUAGGUCUCUUGAAGGUCACUGAAGCUUCACCUCUAAUGGUUGUCUGUUAUCUGAUUGUCCCCACUUGUAAAGGAAGCCAUUCCAGUAAUAACCUAUCUGAUAAUUUAACCAGAGCCGAUGAUGUCCUGUGCGGUACCUCAUAGUCCACAAUGGCGUCUGCUGAUCUGAGAGACGAGCUGAACUGCUCCAUCUGCCUGAACGUCUACACAGACCCCGUCACCCUGAGGUGUGGACACAACUUCUGCUGGGGGUGCAUCGUUCGUGUGUUGGAUUCACAGUGGGGGACAGGAGCUUAUAGCUGCCCUGAGUGCAGGCAAAUAUUCAAUAAGCGGCCAGUAUUGUACAAGAACGUUACUCUGAGAAGUAUAGUGAAGCAUUUCCAGCCUCCACCAGGACAGAAAGGAAAGGCCGAGGUCAUCUGUACCUACUGUCUGCACUGCCCGGUACCUGCUGUGAAGUCCUGUGUGUUGUGUGAAGCUUCUCUGUGUGGAAAACACCUGAAAGUCCACAACAAAUCACCAAAACAUGCCUUGAGUGAGCCCACCACUUGCCUGGAGAACCGAAAAUGCUCCACCCACAAUGGAAUCCUGGAGUAUUACUGCCUCAAAGAUGAGAUGUGCAUCUGUGUUUACUGUCAGGUUGAUGGAGACCACAAUGGACACCAAGUUCAGUCUUUGAAUGAAGCCUCUGAAGAGAAGAAAGAGAAUCUUACAAAGGUUCUGGAGACACUGACCUCUAAGAAGAAGGAGGCUGAGACAAAAAUCCAGAAUCUACAAGAACGCCUGAAAAAAGAGAAGGCCAAGGCAGCUAAGAUGAAAGGUAACGUCAACACUCUGCUCACAGACCUUAGAAAACAAAUGGAGGACGUGGAGAGAAGGGUCCUUAGUGAGAUCUCUGGACAGGAAAAGCAGGUAUCAGUCUUCAUCUUGGACCAGAUCCAACAGCUGGAGAUAAAGAAGAACCAUCUGUCCAAUAACAUGGGUGAAAUCGAGGAGUUGUGUAAGAUGACUGAUCCCAUAACUGUCUUGCAAGACCCAAAAUGUCAAAACAAUUGGGGUCAAGAGGACGAUGAAGAUCUUUGUGAUCAGAAGGUUGAAGAUACAAGUGGCCUAGAUGAGGACCUGAUCAAGAAGUCCAUACAUCAACAAGUAUCUAAUGUGACAUCCCAUGUCAAUCCCUGGCUGUUUUUGCUGGACCCUGUGGACCUCUCGCUGGAUGUUAAUAUGGCUGCUAAUAAUCUAUGUACAUCAGAAAACUUGAAGACGGCAUCAUUGACUUAUGAAGACGAAGAAGUUCCAGAUUGCCCAGAGAGGUUU